GAAGGGGGGCCUCAUUGGAGGAAUUAGGCCUUCUAUGGCGGUUAUUUUCAUGCUUCUAUGGAAAAAGGUUGUUUGUCUUUCAAGCACUUUAAAUAUUCUGAAGUAGGAGCCCUUCGGCUACUGAUGGAAGUUUAAGGAGAUCGUGAAUAACCUUGGAAACACGAUUUUGAUAAACGUUGGUGUCCAGGCUUACUAUGAUUUGACGGUCAAAAUGGCGAAUUUGGCCCUUAAUGUGAAUGUGAGAUGGAAUGUUUUAAUCGCUCUGCUGGUAAUUUUCUCUGUAGCAUUUUUCCUGUAUUAUUCUUCUCCUUGGAAGGCCUGGCCUAAAUCUGCAGCUAAAAAACAAGCAGAAGAGAGUGCUGUUGGUAAAUAUUUCACGUGGAAUACUAAGGAUCGUACUAAGGAUCAAAUAUACUACAAAGAAGUCGUACCUCAGGUAUCAGAAAACAGCCGAUUUACAGUUAUACUGCUGCAUGGACAGUUGUUCACGUCCGAAAAUUGGGAUAACAUCGGAACUUUGAAGGCGUUGGCUGCCAAAAGUUACAAAGCCAUCGCUGUGGACUUGCCAGGACAUGGUCACUCAGAAUCUGUAAAGGCUCCUUCAGAUGAAGAUGAGAAAGUAAAUUUUGUGUCUAGUUUGAUAGAGAAUCUUGGUGUAGACAGGCCAGUUUUAGUGGCACCUUCGAUGAGUGGUUCGUACGUGUUGCCGGCGUUAAUGGAAAAGGAUCUCAGGAUAAAGAUAAGGGGAUUUAUUCCAGUUGCACCAGGAGCUGUUGCUAAAUAUGAAGAGAACGACCUUAGGAAGCUGAAUCUUCCAACUCUGAUAGUUUAUGGCGAGUUGGACAAAAAUUUUAAACCGUUUUUUCCAUUAAUUAAGAACAUUCCUAAUAGUGAAGUUUUUAUGAUGAAGAAUGCAAAGCAUGCAUGCUACCUUGACAACCCAGAGGAAUUCAAUGCAAGGAUAAUUGAAUUUCUUGACAAGCUGUAGAAUUGGACAAAAACAGUUGAUGUUGGGAGUGGAGACAUAUUUGAGUGACAGGGUUGAUCAUUGGAAAUUGUGAAAGUAAUAUAUUCUUGCAGUAGUUCUACCAAACACUGGUCUUUAACUUAAUAAGCUGCCAUGCCCAGUUAGGGUUGACAAUGCCAAGGGUACCAUGUGUCUCAACCCUUUACACCCUAACAUCAGUAUGCAUAUUCUCCAUACUGUUCUCUAUACAUUUCCUGAGGUGCUUUCAAGGAGAAUUUGUUUAACAAUCAAGAGCAUCUUUCAUU